AUGGGCACGGAAUUGACCCAAAAGAUAGAUGAUAGGGACUGUGAAGAUGCUAGUGUUGAUAUCCCUAAAAAGAACUUUAGAUCUCGCUUCACCUGGGCCCUCUACGAAGCAACGAGAUCCUAUGAACCGUUAAUGAUUGUAGGAUGGUUCGGUAGCCUACUGUUCUGCUUUCGUAACGCUGUAUCUGCAUCACAUCAUAUCUGCAUCGUGGGUAUUGUCGUAGUAAGUAUCAUAUGGGCUCCUGUUAUCUGUUUGAUUUGCAGAAAGAAAAGAGCAGAGAAUUUGGUCUCCAGGAACAAUAUGGCACUAGCAGAAGCUACGAAGGAUUUCUUCAGCUCAGAGCAGGAAACGUUGGCAUUUGGGUGGGACAAGGUCGCCAGUCAACUGAACAGAAAAUAUUAUACUGAAGGCGAUUGGAAAACACCACACUGUAUCUUUGAUGGUGCAGAAUGUGAGAGCUACUUCAGACGCUACGUUUUGAAACCAACUCAUGAGGAAGAAACACAAGAAGGCUGCGAGAAGAGUUGCCUGCAUGCUGCAGUGAGCAUAUAUCAGCAAAAGGUCCUCGAUCAGUUCAAUAGGGACAAGGAGGAUACUUCUGUGUUAGCCGAGGAUAAUCUUCCAGCUGACUCUCACCGCAACAAGUUUACCUGGAGAUGGAAGAAUUUCUCGAUACUACCGAUUGGAGUAUGUGUUCUUCAGUUUUCUUAUGCUCUCUUCUUUGGUACGUGGACAUUACGUUUAAUCUAUAUGAUGGAUGUAAUCCUUAUGCUUGCUGUAAUUUCUACAGGGUACUCUCUCAGGCUUUCAACCACUGAGAACCGCAUCAGAUUACUGGCGACGAUAGCAAAUGUCGCGCCAGGAGAGGACACAAAUCGCUGGGAUGUGGUUGCAAAGCGCAUUAAUGCUUACAUGAACGAAGACUCCAACGUUACUGGCGUUCAAAGGUUCUUUGAUGGAAAAGACUGCCUCAGAUUUUUCGAGAAGGAGCUCAAGCCUCUCAUUUCAAAAAAGAUCAAAGAAGAUGGAGUUGCAACCUAUGAGCUCGUUCCUCUAGUUUCUGAAGUUAUGGGUGGUGCCAUGUAG